CACACUGCAAAGCGCAGUGCAAACAAACAAAUGGCCGACGAGGAAGAUUAUAUGUCGGACAAAUUCCUAGCUGGCCUGCAGGAUGUGCGUCCCAGCUUGGUGCAUAAUCGCGGCAAGAAGCGCCAGAUUGAAAUCGAUACCAAAAAGGAGGACUUUAAGAAGCGACAACGCGAAGCAACAGCUACCUCCGGAAACAUUGACAAUGCUCGUCUGCAGCAGUCGCUCAACACACCGCUUUCCGCUGAAAACAAGGGCUUUCAGCUGCUGGCCAAAAUGGGUUAUAAAGCGGGAUCUGGAUUGGGUAAACAACCUGAUGCCCGUACCGAACCCGUGGGGAUCACCAUAAAAAGCGGCCGCGGCGGUCUAGGACGCGAUGCGGCCGUGGCCGAGUUGACCCUUAAGCGGCAGGAAUUACGUAGAGCCCAUCUCCUUAGCAAGGCCGGUAUUGAAUCCCGUGAAGAAAUCAGCACUGAGGCUUACAGACAAAGAGCGACCCACAAAGCCGAAGAGCGCAAGCUCCAGUACGACAUAAAGCGGGGUCAGCAAACCUGCGAAUCUUUGGAUCUUAAAUCCGGUAUUACAGAACCAGAUCUGGAGUUCUUUUGGCCACCUAAACCAAAAGACGAAGAUGAAACAGGAAGCGAAGAAGAAGAUCCGGAAGCGGAUGAGACAUCCAAGGAUGAACCAUUCACUCCAUCGGAGCAGCUAGGACUCCUCACAGGCUACAUGCGCACCGCUUAUUCCUUCUGCUACUGGUGCGGAACGCAUUACGAAGACGCCGAAGAUCUAAGCACCAACUGUCCAGGACCCACACGAGACGAUCAUUAGCCCCAUCAAAUAAAAAGCAAAUAUUAAUUACACAUAAUUUCACAAAAUCUCU